AUGGCGACCUCGGCGCGCUUGGAGCUGGGGCGCUUGGCCCAGGAAGCCGCGGCCCUGGCGGGGGUCGUCCGCGGGUCUCUCGGCCCCCAUGGAGGACAAGUUCUGCUCACCCGCCCCACGGGGGAGGUCCUGCUUUCCCGAGACGGACGGCGUGUGCUGGAGGCCCUGAAUGUGGACUCGCCAACGGCCAGAAUUAUGAUAGCAUGCAUUUCUACACACUGCAAUUUGUUUGGAGAUGGCGCUAAAACCUUUAUCAUUCUACUCUCUGAUUUACUACGACAGUUUGAAAAACUUAAUAAAAGAGAUCAAGGGAAAUAUUGCAGUUUGAAACACAUUUCCCAGUUUCUUGUGAAGAUCCAAACAAACAUCCUGGACCAUAUAAUGACACAGGACCUUAAGAAACAUUUUUGGUCAAUCUUUUCUGCUUCUGCUUCAGAUACAAGACGGAAUAUGGAGUUAGUGUUAGAACCUUAUUUUUGUGGGAAAGUAGGAAGUAACAGACAAAUGUUCCUAACUCAUUUGACAUGUGAUUUCUACUUCAAAGUUACAGCAGGUAAAAACCAGAAUGAGGCAUUGUACUUGGUGAAUGAAUGUUUUGCAGAACUGCAUACCACUGUGACAGGCCUUCCUUUUUCAGAUUCCAGGAUCCUAGAUGGCUUACUACUUCACAGAGACUUUGCCGUAUACUGUCCUACAGAGGGUGAUAAAAAAAUUAUAAUAAUAACAGAACCUAUUCACUCCUCUCUAUCUGAGUUGGGUAUAGAAGUUGUCAUAACUGCUGAGAAUCAAUUCAAGGCAUCAGAAACCUGGAUUACAAAAAGAACCGAAACUCUUCUACAGCACAUGCAAGAUAAUGACAUCAAAGUAAUACUAUCAGGUGUAAAACAGCAUGAUAUUGUUCAUCGCUACGGCAAAAAUAAUGGCAUAUCUAUUGUAGACUGCUUGUUAACAGAGGAAAUCUCUUUUAUUUGCAAGAUUACCGGAAUUUCACCUUUCAAACCAUCUUUGGAUAAUAUUAACCAUGAAAUCACUCAAACAGCUGUAGCCAAAUUUUGCCAGCCCUUCCACCUUGGAACCAAAAGGUUUGUUCACAUUGGCUUUGCAAAAACCUCUACCAUCCAGCUUUAUUGCAUGAUUCUCUGUGGACCAGUACAUGGAGUUACAGAGCAACACGCUUCUGCUUUUCGUGAAGCAUUCAAAAUGCUACAACAAAUGUUUACAGCAAUUCAUCUUCCUCAAAAUUGUGACUCAGAAUUGGAAAACCACAGUCUUCUGAAUAGUCUGAAUAAAACUCAGCAACAUUCAUCUCCCCAUCAGACAUUAUUUCAGGAACACAAUUAUUGGAGAACAUUUCAAGCCAACACCAAGCAUCUUGCACCUUGUGGGCUUAAAAUGGAGAAACACUCUGCAUCUUUUUCUGUAGUAGAUGAAAAUACACUGCAUUCAUCCAGUUAUAAUACUUCAACCAUAGUCAUGCCUUCUGUUGAUUUGAUGCAUGGUAUUAAGAGCUCAUUAUUCCAGAAAAGGGAGGAUGACUUAGUUGACUGUCAAACGGCUUCUUUAAAACCGAAAGUUCAAAAAGAAAGGUUGCAAAUGACUGAGAACGAACUUCUUGAAGAUAAACAGCCUGUUUUUAAUAUAGUCGAUAAAAAUGUACAGCUGCAAGUUAGUACUGCCAGGUGUGCCAGGCUGCUUAAAUAUGAGGAGAACAAUCAAAGGGGUAAUCAGAAUUACUCUGACUCUUGCAUAGAACUGGGGUCAGUUCUGCCAGUAGGAGGGCUCUUUGAAAUCCUGCUACAUUACUAUCUAUCUAACUAUGCAAAACAAUGUCAGUCCUCAAAUACAUCCAUCAUUUGUUCUAUACUUGCUGAUGUAUUGCUAAGUAUUCCAAAAACUCUCUGCAUGACACAAAAAAGGAAUGCCUUUCCUCAGCUCUGUCUCCAAGUUACUAGUGCCCUCAAAAGCAAUCAACAGCUUCUACCAAAUCAAAAGCUUCUAGAAUCAGUUUCUUGUAAAUACCACUUAAUAGCUUCAGUGCUUCAGUGUGCAGCUCAGUUGCUUAGUGUUGACUUAAUCAUUAGCAUUAAAAGGCUACCACAGAAAGCUGAAGAGAGUGACUCAGAGGUUGAUGGAUAAAAGCAGAUUGCUCAUGCACUGGUGGGAACCUCCUCCAUCUUGUUUGAUUACUUUUUUUUCCUUUUAUCCCCUAAUUCUUAAUGAAAGGAUCCCAAAGGAGAAGAAAGAGAAAUAAUAUAACCAUAUUAUUCUUCCUUCUUCAGCUUUCUGAUGGCUAGCAAGGACUUCAAAAUAAUCAGCUUUUGGCAGAAGUGUACUCAGACUUAUUUACAUUGCCUCAAAGUCCAUGCAGUGUGUAACUUUGCAUGGGUAUAAAUCAAAAACAAAUCUGAACUGGGGGGCAUUUGAUACCCAACACGGGUAUCAGUGACAGACAAAAUAUGUCCUUACCUUUACACACUAAGAGAAUCCAUUGACUAAAAGAGUCCAUAAUAAUUAUAUUUUCCCCGAAGGACCAGUAGGAACACAUUACCGGAAGUGGUUCCUUAUAAAGGCAACCUUUAUUACUUAGGAUGUGGGAGUCAAACAUAUCAGCUUUGCAUUUGUUCAGUUUAUUUACGCAUUAAAUCUGUGUCAUGGCUUUCUUCUAAGUGUUGGAGGUAGUGUCCAUAUGUCUCUGCUUUUUUCAAACAAGAAAUUAUGUGGGGUAGGUUUGACUGAGAGAAUGUGAUUGGCCACAUGUCCCACAAGGAUUGGUCACAUCUAAUACAGUUGCAUUCAACUAUAAGCUCUUCUAAUAAUAAGCUCCUGGUUAAAUAUAUUUGAUUGUUUCUUGGUUGUGGAGAAAUCAAAGUUCCCCAUUCCCAUAGCAUUGGAUUUCCCCAAAUUAUUCCGAAUCUGUUUUGGCUAGGAAAGCAUUCAGUGUGGGUAGUUCAGGAGUGGCUUGCUGGGAAAAUAUUGAUGAGUCUGAAUGUGAUAUCCUUAAGCAAAAUGUCUCUAGUUCUCUGACCUUGAGGAAGCUUAAAACAGGGAAAGCUAGAUUUUCUUUUUCAUAAUCUCUGAAAAUUUAGUAUUGUGAAAUGUUACUUCUUCGUAAGGAACCACGUCUAGAAAUAUUUGUCCUUCAGGGAAAAAUAUAAUCAUUAAUCCCCCCCCCCCCCAGCCAAUGUAUUAUCUCAGUGUGUAAAGGUAGGGACAUCUUUUAUUUGCCACUGACUCAUCUAGUUGGGUUGAUUUUGUGCUUUUCUGCAAAGGUAGGAGAUCAUGAGAAAUUGAACUAUGAAAUGGCAGCAAAUAAUUAUGAAAACUAGUCCGCAUCUAAUACCAGAAUUAUGGAGAAAGGGAUUAAUGGAUUAAUCACUGUGAGUAAUCUGUUCAGCAUAAACAUGCUCAUAGAGUGUGGUAAAACAUGAGUAACUGAACCAUGAUAACCUGGUUGCAUGGGUUUAGAUACUGAGUUAUAAACUGAUUCACCAUUUAGAUAUAGAUGAAAUUCACACCCGGGAAUCUGUAUAUAAUUAUGAAAUAUUUGGUAUUUAAAUACCUUGAAUUUAAAUACAUUUGGAAUAAUAAAAGGCUGCCCAUUUUCUAUCAUUUUCUGAUGGAAUGCUUUUAUUCUUAUCUAGGUUUCACAUGGCAGUAAAUGCCCUUUUCCGUGAAGAUCAACUUAAAUUUUAAUACUGGGUUAGGAUUUCAGCUAGUUGUCCAAAGCAACAAACUGGUGUGUGAAUGUUUUCCCUAUUUAUACUGAAGUCAUGACCACCAAACAUAUUUAAACUUAUGGAGCAAGUUGCCUUUUACAGAUUAAAUAAUUCUAGCUUUUCUAAUUGGGAGAUCAUUCCGUUUGGUUUUCAGGUUGCGCAUAACAUUUUUAAAAAGA